AUGGAUAUAUCACAUCCUAACAGUUUUCUGCAGCAGGAAGAGUAUCGGUUAACCACGUUCAGCGAACAUGAGAUAUCUCCCAUCGAUACCACUAUAGUGUACAGGGACAUGCCGUUUGUCGGCUACGAUUGUCUGAGAUACGAAGAAAAGCGAUUGGGAACCUUCAUCGACUGGCCUCAUGAAUGGCUGAAACCGUCAGAAUUGGCGGCCGACGGAUUUUAUUAUCUCAGGAAAGAUGAUCACUGUGCGUGUAUCUUCUGCAGGGGGAUAGUUGGAGCCUGGGAAAAAACUGACACGCCAAGAGGAGAACAUCAACGCCAUUUUCCCCAUUGUCCCUUUAUUAGGGGUCAGCCAACUGGAAAUGUUCCCAUUGUUCAAGGCAACAUCUUAGCCAGGUUACCGGUACUGCAUCCGAGUCUGGACGAUUGCGGAUCAAGACGUGUUGAGGCCGACGCUUGCAGAUUUUCGUCAAGACAUAUGGCCGGAUCGUAUCCCGAAUGCAGAGGAUCUCCGGACGAAACUGGUCUCUACCAGCAUUCUAGACCGAUGCGAAGUGAUUUCACGACACUCGAUAGCCGAUUGAAGAGCUAUGUCGAAGAAUGGCCCAUCCUCGGUCUGCGUGCACAAGAUCUUGCCGAAGCUGGAUUUUUCUACUGUGGUCUGAGUGAUCAUGUUCGCUGUUUCCACUGCGGUAAGGGUCUUCGCAAUUGGAUAUCUAGCGACAUACCUUGGAAGGAACACGCUAGAUGGUAUCCUAAAUGCAGAUUUGUCUUAUUGAAGAAAGGCCAGGACUAUAUCAAUG